CUCGUCCUUGGGCCAGCAAGCAAUUUGCACACCUCAACUCACAACAUUCACCACUAACCUACGAGCCCAAUGCCUGAAGACGAUCAAACAGCCACCCGCCCCAGGGUCUUCAUCCAAAUGUCGGGCGCCCCCGGCGCCGGCAAAAGCUCCAUGGCCCGGCUCCUGCAGCAGUCGACUGGCGGCCUGGUCAUCGACCACGACGUGCUCCGGUCGUCCCUGCUCGGCUCCUCGGACGGCCUGCUGACGUUCGACCACGUGGCCCGGAUGGCCUACGACCUGCAGUGGGCGCUCGCCGGCUCGGCCGCGGGGCAGCAGGGGCCGCUGCGGCUGCCCGCCGUCAUCGUCGACAGCACCUGCAACUCGCGCGAGGUGGUCGACCGCGGCUCCGGGCUGGCCGCGCGCCACGGGCUCGCCUACUGGUACGUCGAGUGCAGGGUCGCCGACGUCGACCUGCUGGACCGCCGCCUGCGCGCCAGGGAGCGGCCCCUGCCCAGCCAGCGCACCGCCGUCGACGAGCCGCCUGCCGCCGCGGCCGGGGCGAGGGCAGGCGAGGACUCGCGCGCGCUGUUCAGGAGGUGGAUCGACGAGCCGUGUCGUCCUUUGGCGUCGGAUAGGGUUAUUGUGGUGGAUUCUAGCAAGAGCUUGGAGGAGGGAAGAGAUCUCGUGCUGCGGAAGAUACUGGAGGAGCCCGGAGUACAAACAAAGUAGAAUUUAUUUGCAAAAUCAACCUAGGUGGUGAAACAGAAUUGAGGAGGAGCAAAGCAAUCCAACUAUCACCAGGAUAUAUCCACG